AUGGAAAUUGAUUAUGAUGAAGAGGAAGAGGAAGAAUUUGAUCGAGUUUUAACUUCCACAGCAUGUUUGGUCUUCCAAUAUUAUAAUAAGUAUAUCUAUAAAAGAUCAUGCAUGACUUCUACACAAACAGGAAACAAAUGGCUUAAAGAGAUAUUAGAAGGGAAUAAUAGCCGUUGUUGCAGCAUGUUUAGGAUGGAAAAAGAUGUUUUCAAAAGACUAUGCUAUGAUUUGAAAACAAACUAUGGUUUAUGUGCCUCAAGGAGAAUAAGUGCUGCAGAAAUGCUAGCAAUGUUCCUAUUUGUACUAGGAGGUGGAAACUCAAAUAAGUCAACUAAGGAGUGGUUUCAACAUUCCGGUGAAACAAUAAGUCGAAAAUUUGAAGAAGUGCUACAAGUUGUGUGCAAAAUGGCCAUAGACAUUAUACAACCAAAGGAUCGUGAUUUUAAAGAAGAUGCAAUUGGUGCUAUAGAUGGAACUCAUGUGCCAAUGAUUGUGUCUACUGAAGACCAAAUUCGAUUUAUUGGUAGAAAAGGAAUUCCAACCCAAAAUGUUAUGGCUGCAUGUAAAUACUAUUUAGUAGAUGCAGGCUAUCCAGAAAAGAAAGGUUAUCUAGGACCAUACAAAGGAGCAACAUAUCAUUUGCCAGAAUUUCGUCGUGUUAAUGGACCUUCUGGAUACUACGAAAUAUAUAACUAUGCUCAUUCUUCACUUAGAAGCGUGAUAGAACGUACAUUUGGAGUUUGGAAAAAGAGAUGGAAAAUUUUACGAGAUAUGCCUAGUUUUAGCUAUAAAAAACAAAUUCAAAUUGUUAUUGCAACAAUGGCUCUGCAUAACUACAUUAGACGUUAUUCUACAAGUGAUCGUAAGUUUAAAAAAUAUGAUCAGAUGGACGUUGAGCUUGAAGAAGAAGAUGGAUAUAGCUAUGAAGGUGAAGCUGAAAAUGGAGUUGAAAAAGUUGGAGAUGAGUUUCUUGGAACUAUGGAGAUGGUUCGAAAUAAUAUAGCAUCAAGUUUGAUUGGUGGAAAAAAUUAG